AUGUCCCCCAAUGCAUUCAAAAUUCCCAACAGUGCUUCGACACCCGUUGAUGUGCCUGAGACUGCUGAGGCAGUGACAGAUGUGUUCAGUGAUUUGUACAGCUUUGUGAAUUUUUCUCCCAACAGUUCACCCCCCAAAUGGGCCACUCCUGCUGCCAUCACUACACCCUCCACAAUAGACCCCACUUUACUCUCCCUCAAUGCUUAUCCCCCUCCUGAUAUCCCAGCCAAUGAUGUUCCCAUCACUGAGAUGAUUAGGCAUGAUGCAGAUGUCAACUUCCAUUCAAUUCUGACUUUCCACAACACCCUACAAGCCAUCAUCUACACACUGGACUGUUUCCUUGCUGAACAAGUUGUGUCCAAGAAGCUCUUGAAAAACAGAAGAGGGAGGACUAGAGAAGGGAAGAGGAGCUGA